AUGUUUCUUGUACUUAAUGAACUCAAGAAUGUGGGUGAAGACAGACUCGCAAACUUCAACGCUUUGAAAUCAAUUAUUACGGAUAAUGAGAUAAGAAUUAAUGAAAAGAAUCAACCCAGAAGAACUGCUCAGAACGUUGCAAACUUCAUUUUCGUAACUAACAACGUCUACCCUGUCAAAAUUGAAGUUGGAGACAGAAGAUACGUAGUUUUAAGAGUUAAUGGUAAAUUCAAGGGUCAAUUUGAUUACUUCAAGAAUUUAAUGGAUUCAUGCACAAAGGAAUUUUAUGAUAAUUUACUGACGUAUUUUAUGCAAUAUAACCUUUCAUCAUUUAAUGUACGAAUCAUACCGAUGACUGAAGCCAAACAAGAUUUAAUUGAAUUAUCUUCAAAUCCUUUAGAUGUAUGGAUAAAUACACAUUAUGAUGAAUUGUGUGCAGGUAUGACGUGUGAAAAUGCUCUAUUCUGCAAACCAUCAGACAUGAAAGACAAAAACUUUCAAAUGAGUAUUAAGGAUAAAUGUGAUAGGAAACAUAGAAGAAUAGACGGUAAACAAACAUGGUAUUAUGUUUUGAAAGAAGAAAUGAAAGGAUUAUAUAAACAGGUUGAACCAAACGAUAAUGAGGAAUCAUUUACUGAUGAUGAAAUACCUGUAAAUGAG